UUUUUCUCCUAUUUAUUGCUAAAUCUUUUUAGGGUUGAAAUUACAUGCAUGGUGAAUAACCUUUUUUCCCUAUAAAAACCAACAUUGAGAUUUUGUAUUCAGAAAAAAGCAAUUGGUACCAAACAAAAUGGCUACAUCAAACACCUCCAAGCUUCACAUAGCCAUGCUUCCAUGGUUUGCCACCGGUCACAUGACCCCAUUCCUCCAGCUCUCAAACGAGUUUGCUAAAAGAGGUCACAAAGUCUCUUUUUUCCUACCCCCAAAAGCAGAGCUUGAACUACAACACAUGAAUUAUUACCCACACCUGAUCACCUUCCACACCCUCACCGUUCCACACGUUGAUGGUCUUCCUCUUGGCACCGAGACUGCCUCAGAGAUUCCCAUUGGUAUCAACAAUCUGCUUCAAAUAGCAAUGGACAAGACUUCUGACCAAGUGGAUCUAGCACUGAGCAAAAUCAAACCUGAUUUUUUGUUCUUUGAUCAUGCACACUGGAUACCUCAAAUAGCAAACAAGUAUGGCAUCAAAACCAUUUUCUACCAUGUAAUGUGUGCAGCCAGCAUUGCUAUAAAGUUCGUGCCUGCUAAGAAUGUUCCCAGGGACAGGCUCAUGACAUUGGAGGAGUUAGGGCAACUACCAGCUGGGUACCCUUCUUCAAAAGUUGUGCUUCUUGGCCCUGAAGCCAUACCUAUGGAUUACAUACAAAUAUCAUUUGGAGAAGGUAACAUGACCUUUCAUGACCGCCUCACAAUGGCCUUGAAACAAAGUGAUGCCAUAGCCAUCAGAACGACUAGGGAGAUCAAAGAAGGUGACUUCUGUGACUACAUUGCUGCACAGUAUCAGAAGCCGGUGCUUUUGACUGGGCCUGUGUUGCCUGAGGAGGCUUAUAAGGGAGAGUUAGAAGAACAUUGGGCUAAGUGGCUUGAUGGGUUUGAGCCUACGUCCGUCGUGUUUUGUGCAUUUGGGUCCCAAGUAAACUUGAAAAAAGAACAAUUCCAAGAGUUAUUGCUAGGAUUUGAGCUUUCAGGAUUUCCUUUUUUCAUCGCCUUGAAGACCCCUUUAGGUUGUGCAUCUGUGGAUGAGGCAUUACCAGAGGGUUUUGAAGAGAGGGUGAAGGGAAGAGGAGUUGUUGCUAGGGAUUGGGUUCAACAACCAUUGAUUUUGAAGCACCCGUCAGUCGGGUGCUUUGUGAGUCACUGCGGAUUUGGUUCUAUGUGGGAGUCUUUGAUGAGUGAUAAACAAAUAGUGCUAGUUCCUUUCCUUGCAGACCAAGCAUUGAAUGCCAAGCUACUUGUCGAGGAGCUGCAAGUAGCAGUUUCUGUGGAAAGAGGAAAAAAUUGGAGGGAUAUAAUCACAAAAGAAAGCUUUUGUAAAGCUAUCAAGUCUGUGAUGGAUGAAAGAAGUGAUUUGGCUGCUAGGCUGAAGAACAACCAUGCCAAGUUUAAGGAAUUGUUGGGGAAUCCAGCGCUGAUGAAUGGCUAUAUUGAUAGAUUUAUCGAAGAUCUUCAACAACUUCCGAAGUGAGAGAUACAAUGUUUAACUUUAAGAUUAUUUGUUAGUUUUUGUUAUGGUGUUAGUUAUGUGUUUUUUUUAUAAUAAAGGGGGCCAAAGCCCCACCAUGUUAUUUAUGCUUUUUAUAAGCUUUUGUU